UUAAUGUUGCAUGUUACAGAAAGAGUCACAAACAAUUAUUCUUUAACAAAAUGUAAAAAAAAAAAAAUUUAUUUCAUGUUUAAAUAAAUCACUGAGAUAGCAUCUUUUCUAUAUGUAUGUAAUGUGGUCUAAACUAGUAUUUCUAGCUAGUAAACUAUAAAAAGCGAGUGCGAUGACAUUGAACUAAGUUAGUUUUCAAUUUACUACUGUUCAAAAACGUCAUCGAUUUUUUCUGGAAACAUGAGGUUCAUAGCAAUGAUUGCUUUGAUUUGCACAGUAUUGGCGGUGAUGAUGUACCCAACCAAUGCUCAAAUGCCCCAAAUGCCUCAAAUGCCUGGGAUGCCUGGUGGAAGUAAUGGCCUAAUCGAUCGUGCGCGUCGCUCUGCUCAAGGCGGUGGCGCAGGUGGUGGUGCUGGUGCUGGUGCCGGUAUGGGAUUUGGCAUGGGCGCUAAUAUGGGAGGAGGAGCACAAGGAGGUGGCGGUGCACAAGGAGGCCAAUAAUUUUAGUUUUCAAAUAUUUAGUGCAAUUAAACAGAGCAGUACAGAAAUAUUAUA